AGUCGAUGGGGUCGCCAGUCCUUGAGAAGGGGCUCGUCCCCUUUCCUCACAGAGGGCAUGGCGGGGAAGCACGGAAGGAGGCUCUCCUCAUUCACCACAUCCUCAGGAGAUGACACUGCCGUAUCCAUUGAGGAGGAGGAGACUCCCGAGGAGGUGAAGGAGAACAUGCGCCUCAACAAACAGAUCAUUGAGACCAUCAAGCUACAGCCCUGGCGCAUGAAGAAAAAGUACAAGAUCCUCAGAAAAGCCAAGGCUUACGUCCGUAAACACGAGGGCGAAUUGGCUCAAAGUAAACGAUCAAAGGAUGUUUUUGCCAAGUACACGCUCCUUUGGAGCAGGGGCUGGAACCGAUUCAAAAGAGAAGUUGCCAAUUUCAUGGUGAUGUUGACGCCGUGGGAAAUGCGCAUCAAACGAAUAGAAAGUCAUUUUGGAUCGGUUGUCGCCUCCUAUUUCACCUUCCUUCGAUGGGUUUUUUGGAUCAACUGUUUUAUAUCUGCUUUUGUUUGCUGUUUCCUCAUGGUGCCGGAGGUUCUUCGUGGCGCAGAAGAUAUGACCGGAAUGCGAAAAGAAAUCAAAAGUGAAGAGAAAGAGAGCGCGCUCAAUCUCAAGAAUAUUUGGGAUUUCGAGGGUUAUUUGAAGUACUCCCCCAUCUUUUAUGGCUACUACAGUAACCAAGAGAAAACAGAAGAAGGCUACAGAGUUCCUCUGGCAUAUUUUCUCACUUCCAUCGCGGUUUACAUAUUCAGCUUUUUCGCCAUACUCAGAAGAAUGGCCGAGAAUUCCCGAAUGAGCAAGCUUUCCGAAAAAGAUGACGAAUGCACGUUUGCUUGGAAACUAUUCACGGGCUGGGACUACAUGAUCGGCAAUCCUGAAACGGCUUACAACAAAGUGGCUUCCCUAGUCAUGGGAUUCAAAGAAGCUAUUCUGGAAGAAAAGGAAAAAAAGAAAGAAGAAAAGAGCUGGAAGCUGAUCAGUAUUCGCGUGGCCGCCAACUUCGCCGUCUUUAUCCUGUUGGCGUCCAGCGCUUAUGCCGUGGUGCUGGUGGUGACUCGAUCGCAGGAGCCGGAAGCGCAAGAGAACGGGACGUGGUACAGGCAAAAUGAAGUGACUCUGGUUGUCUCCUUCAUCUCCAUUUUGUUUCCGAAUCUCUUCGAUAUGAUCGGAAUGGCUGAGAAGUAUCAUCCGCGCGUUCAACUCAGGUGGCAGCUAGCUAGAAUUCUACUUUUAUACCUUCUGAAUUUAUAUACCCUCAUCUUUGCACUUUUUGCCAAAGUCUACAAAACAACAGAUGAGCUGCAAGUUCUAGCAAAGAACAUCACUGACUUCAUCGACUCCGGAGCCUAUAUACAGAACACGAGUGUCCGCCACACCCGGAGCCUUCUGGAAAUGAUGGGCACCUCCGAGGACACCGAGUCCACAACCCUUGCUGAGAACUGCACCUACAUUAUCAUCCAGAACUGCACCUUGGCAGCUUUAUACGCCACCACACAAAUUACGAACUCUUUAGCACCUACAACCACAUCGCAGCCCAAUGUGUCCAUGGUCGAUGGUGAUUAUUUUCUGGACAAUUCGACACUGGAUGAGGAUUUGGCUUACGACAGGAUAUAUCGCCUUACCAUCGCCAAUCUUACCGCCUUUGGAAUAGCCAACUGGAAUCUGAGCAGUUCAGCCCCUAGUGGACCCCAUGUUGCUCUGAAUCCAAUAUUUUUCAAUUUGUCUGGUGAUAACAUGACAGUGGACAUUCCAAAACAGUUUCAGAAUGAUUCUUUAGAGAACAUUACAAUUUUUGGGGAUUUUAAUGAUUCGCUAAGUACACUAACGUCGCUUUUAUCGACUGCCUUUUUAUAUAAUGAAACCACUACCUUCAGCAGUGUAACCACCACCACCUCUACCACUACAGAAGAAGAGCCAACGUCGGACACAACUGAUCCAUCUUGUACAGUCUCUAUUCCCUUGUGCCCCUCAGAUACAACUUCCACCUACGAUCCCACCUUCACCACCACCACUACAGACGAUUUCAAUUUUACCGUUAAUGGCACGGACGCUUUCGAGAAUGCUACAUACCAGCCCUCGUGCCCAGUGUAUGAGUUUGACGAGGAUGCCCCAUGCCCCGCCAGGUGCAUGCAGGAGGAGAAGAAGGAGAGGAUGCCUACCAGUGAUGAUCUUCUCGUCAUACCCGAAUCGAUGAAAGAAGUCCUAAGGAAAAAGUGCUGGGAAACAGCCUUUGGACAGGAACUGGUGAAGUUGACUAUCAUGGACUUGGUCAUGACAGUCAUCUCCACGAUUAUCACAGAUUUUCUGAGAGCCGUCUUCGUUCGCUACGCCAACAACUGCUGGUGCUGGGACCUUGAGAAAGGAUUCCCAGGCUAUGGAGAUUUCAAAAUAGCUGAGAAUAUUCUACAUUUAGUUAACAAUCAAGGAUUAGUCUGGAUGGGCAUGUUCUUCUCCCCCGGACUGCCAGCUAUCAACACUGUAAAGCUAUGCAUCCUGGUAUAUGUCCGCAGCUGGGCCGUCCUCACAGCCAACAUUCCCCACGAGACCGUCUUCCGAGCUUCUAGAUCCAACAACUUCUACUAUGCCUUGCUGCUUAUAAUGCUUUUCCUCUGUACCUUGCCUGUAGGGUUCGCCUGUGUCUGGCUCGAACCCUCGUGGCAUUGUGGGCCAUUCAGCUCCCACAGAAGAAUCUUCAAUGUCCUCACAUCCUACGUGUUGAAUGCUCUUCCUUCUUUUAUGGUGGAAGUCGUUCAAUAUUUGACGUCUCCCGGUGUUGUUAUACCCUUGCUGUUAUUGCUAAUAUUAAUUAUUUAUUACUUGAUUUCUUUGACUGGUUCAUUGCGUGAAGCUAACAAUGACUUGAAAAUGCAGCUUAGAAGAGAAAAGAAUGAGAGGGAAAAGCCUGCUGCUGUCAGAAAAACCACCGAGCCAACGAUAGAAAUACCCGAAGACCUUACCAAGUGGUCGUCCGCCAAGAAAAUACUCCCCGUGCUGCCGAACAAAUUCCGAACGUCCAGCCAGUUGCUCGGAGAGGAGUCGGACGACAGUCACGAUACGCCCACCAAGAAGCAAGGAAAACGUUCACAUAUUGGAGACCCGUCAGAGGAUAAAUUCGAAGGCCCCGAAGACAAAAAGGCACUUAAAGAUGAUCAUUACAAGGAUAAACUACAUCGUCGGCCCUCUCCCAUGUCCACGGAAUCUCACAAGUCUUCGUCGGAGGGGGAAGACCGAAGGUGGAUUCGAAGAGGAGGGAUCACGGGAAACGGGGACCUUCCUCUCAUCACCAUUAGCCAAGCAUCCGAAGGAAGAGAUUCCAUGUCUAGCUUGAAUUCUUCGGAAGAGGGCACUCCUCCAUCGAGCGCCACAUCCUUCCGACGUCCGGGCCUUAUCCCGUCCGUUAGUGAACAGGAAGAGGACGAAUACGUAGAAGAAGAUGAGGAGCUGAGCAUCGAGAUCCAAGACCACACCCACUUCGAGCCCAUCAGGGACGCCCAAGAGAACGGGGAACAGGAAGAAGUAUCAGUCGCUCCUGAGACCAUGGACACUCCUGUGAAAGAUACAGCGACGAUUAAAUCCCUUACUGGUUGUAGAGCCCCCAAAUUCCGCAACAUCGAUGAAUCAUCGUCCACAGAUCGUGACACAGACGACUACUGCAACAAGCCCACCCUUCCAAUCGCUGAAGUGAAGCGACGCUCCAGCCGCCAACCCUCCCUGCAGAGGACGAAGGCCGUCAAAGGCAGCGACAGUUUGGGCAGCAACGACUCCAAUACGCUUAGACCUCCUUCGCCUGAGGGCGAUGUCAAGAGAGCAAAGAUUCAAAGACUAGAUACGGAUUCUUUAUGAAAACUUAUGAAAUAAGGAGAUACCUAAGGAUUUCACCAUAUAACAAUGGACCAAAUCAAACUGACCUGUCAAUCAAGUUUCUCCAUACAAUAAUGAAGAAAUAUUUCGAAGAAUAAAUACAGAAACAAAAACUCUUUUUUUUUACAUGUAUAUAAGAUUACAAUUCCAAGAGCUACUCUUAACUAUUUCCCAUUCAAUUUCUUUAUCUUUGAAUCUGUAUGUUCGAUUCACUUUCAACAAAGAACAAAUGCUGCUACGGCAAGAAAUGUUCACUCCAAAUUCUUGCAGUUAAAGUAGGCAAUAUCUUUUGGCUAGUUAAUGCUAAACAAAUAGAAAGCGAUUUCUUGGAUAUUUAUAAAAUCUUAAUCAUUAGAAACACUCAAGGGUUACUGCACUGCUAACUUUAU